AUGUCGAUCACGGCAACUCCACCUCCUUCUAUUCCCCGUGAUGAUGUCCCAAAAAACUUUCAAUGUCACCUCGACCAAGUUCAGCGACACCCCCUUCCUGCGCGCCCUCUAGUGGAGGUGUGCUUGAAUGGUGGAUCCCAGCCAGAAAGUCGAUUAACCCUGCCUGAAGCAGAAAAACUCCAGUCAGACCUUCAAUCGACUCGGUCUGAACCAGAAAAAUCACAGCGAACUGUUCCUCUCCAGCAGCUUCCUUCAAAGUCCUGUCCCGGAGAUGCAGUGCAGACUCAAGAUAUCCCAGCUACUAUGCACAUCGACCCUGCUAUUCUGUACGAUGGUUCAAGUCCACAUACCGAGCACGAACCCGAAGUUGCGACCUACCUAAACGCCACUGUUUUAGACAUUUGUCCUUCGCCGGAGCCACCUAUUAUCAACACAGAUCUAACUCCGCGAUCGACCCAACAUAACGCAGAGGACACGGUGAAAUCGAAUCGACAAACCCCUCGAGUGAUGAAGCGCCCGUAUACUCGAAAGCGAGCGACGGGAAAGGGUCCUAAUCGGCUACCUAAAAUAGGGGUCAGUAGUCGGAAAACCUUUUCUUUUUCCUCGCUUCGUUCCUAUUUCUUGGCUAUACCAGCCGAAGAGCGUUUACAAUUCCUGUCCUGGCUCUUCGAGGGUUCGUUGCAGCACUAUGUCUCUCUCUCAACGAGCGAUUUUCCUCAUUAUGCAUCAACGUUAGAACUGGCCCACGAGGAACGGCCAAGCGAAGGAGAGGUAUGCCGACCGGUGGACAAUAAUCAGCUCGAGUAUGAGGUCGAUAAGAUCCUUAGACACAGGGAAGAUGCGCACGGUUCCAUUUCAUACCUCGUCAAAUGGAAAGGUUAUGAAGAAUUGGAGGCCACUUAG